CAGACGUCCCUCUCAUUACACAGCCUUAAGGCCGUCCUACUGUGCAAUAUGUCGUCGAAGGUAUUCCGGGUCAGGGGCUUGCCUCUUGGCACUGAGACCGAGAUCAUAUCGUAUUUGGACCGCGUCCUUCGUCUACAUGCCUCGGAACCAGAGCUGCAACGACGCGGGAAAGUAACCGUAGCGCCUUCUUGCGAUGAUGAUAAGACAUCUGUUGCAUUGCUAGAAUGGAAAGGUGAUGCUCCCGACUUUCUAUCCAGUCUUGGCAACAAGAGGGCCAAGGGAAUAGAGCUGGAUGAUAGAGAUAUCAGCUUUGACGACCACUUCUAUGGACUCACACAGUUGUACAGUACAAGAGAGGGAGAACCGAUCAAUGCAGAUAUCAUCGCCGUGACUGGUCUGGGUGGCCACGCAUAUGGUUCAUUCCGAGGACAGGGAGACCUUCACCGAAUGUGGCUUUGUGAUUUCCUUUCCAAAGACCUUCCCAAUUGUCGCACCAUGAUCUAUGGUUACGAUUCAAAACUGUCAAGUCCUGGUAUCAAUACAAUUUUGGACUAUAGUCGAGGAUUUUUAGAGGCGAUUAGGAAUGUUCGGCGUUCCAAAGAGGCUAUUCAGAGACCACUCUUCUUCAUUGGGCACAGUUUUGGAGGUAUUGUUAUAGCUCGUUCGAUUAUCAACGCAGCCCAUACGGAAGAUGAAGUUAUCGCUUCUCUUUACAAAGCCACUUAUGGGGUCUUAUUCUUUGGAACCCCACAUGAAGGCCUCGUUAUCAAAAAAUUUCAGGAGAUGAUCGCAGAUAAUAGCCCACGUCAUAUUUUACUUAAGGAGAUAGAGAAGGAAUCGCAAGUGCUAUUUUCUCAAUUGUUAGACUUCAAGAAUGUGGUUCGAGGUCGGAAGAUUGUGAGUUUCUAUGAACAGUCUCAGACGCGGCAGUAUGUGAAGGAUGAAAUGACUCAAUCCUGGUCACGUUCCGGUGACUAUACCAUCGCCGUGGAGGUGCGUUCGGCUGUCCUACAGCUUCCGGAUUCUAUGGAAACCAAGAUCCCUCUCAAUCUUGAUCAUUCGCAGAUGGCGAAAUUUGACUAUAAGACCGAUGAGGGCUAUCAGAGGGCACUGUAUUAUUUAACUGAGUUUGAGAAGAGUGCCUCAGAGGCCGUUUCAACCAGGUUUUCACCAAUAAAUAUCACAAUAAAGCCGCUCUCCACGGUUCCGUUUGCAAGAGAUCCUGGCUUUAUUGGUCGAAAUGCCGUAAUGGCAGAACUCGAUGCUAAAUUCUCGUCAUGUGCUACACACAAACGGGUCGGGCUUGUUGGUUUAGGUGGUGUAGGGAAAUCACAAAUCGCCAUCGAAUAUUCCUACAGACUCAGCCGCAAAUCAUCACAAACGUGGGUUUUCUGGGUAUACGCAGGUACUGUCACCCGAUUUGAACAGUCGUACAGAGACAUAGCGAAUAGAUUAGAGCUCCCUGGUAGGGAUAGUGCUCAGGUGAAUAUCAUGCAACUUGUCUCUCGAUGGCUGGCAGACGAGAGCAAUGGCCCCUGGCUUCUGAUUCUGGAUAAUGCCGAUGAGGCUAAGAUGUUUUCCCCCGCUGCUGCUCAAUCAUCACAGCAUACCGAGACAAAUUUGUUGGCAUAUAUUCCCCAAGCUGCGACCGGAUCGGUUCUGGUUACCUCGAGGAACACGGGCGCGGCAUUGAAGCUGGUUGGAGGAUACAACGACAUUAUCAAGAUCGAGCCAAUGAAGCCAGAGGAAGCCUUGAAUUUGCUGAAAGCGAAGUUGUCUUCUGCACAGUCUAUUACGGAUUUCCGAGACCCUGAUUGCAAAAAGCUUGUGGCAGCUCUCGAUAACGUCCCUCUCGCAAUCACACAAGCCGCGGCAUACAUCUCACAAGGAGCGCCGAUUAUUGAUGUUGCAGUCUACCUAGAUAUGCUCUACGAAAGUGAACACUCUCGUACUGCUCUGUUGGAUGAAGAUGUCGGUGAUCUACGUCGAGAUUCCGAAGUACCAAAUGCAAUCAUUACUACCUGGCAGAUCUCGUUUAGACAGAUUCAGAGAGAGAGCCCCGAUGCCGCAGAUCUACUCUCUCUUAUGAGUGUUCUUCACAGACAAGGGAUUCCAAAAUCUCUUCUCCUGAACGAGACUAGCGACCGGCUUUCACUUACGAAAGCGCUGGUCUUGCUUCAAGGAUUUUCACUAAUCACCGCCAACUCAGGAACCGACAACUCCUUUGAGAUGCAUCGACUAGUGCAGUUAGGGACGAAAAAGUGGCUAGAAGUACAUGACAGUAUCUUCAAAUGGGAACAGAAAGCCUUGCGACUGCUUUCAAAGGCAGUCCCAGAUGGCGAUUACGAAAAUUGGGAGUCGUGGAGGUCUUUACUUCCACAUGUCGAAGCAGUCCUGUCUUACGACGGCUUCCAGAGCAGAGAUGACCUCCUUGAGCAGGCAUCUAUCCUUUAUUCCCUUUCGUGGUACUUGGAGCAGAAGGGGGAUUUCCGGAUUGCGAUACUGAAGAUUGAGCAAGCACUGGAAAUUUACGAGCGCUAUUUAGACAGGAAAGACAAGACGAUUGCCUUUACAAAAAAUAUAUACGGAACUAUUCUGUCGCAGAUUGGCCAGUACGACAAGGCUGAGGCCAUGUACCGACAGGCUCUACAGCUACUAGAGAAGGUGCUUAGAGAGGAAUCAGAGGAUCACCUUGACACACUAGUAAUCAUAAACAACUUAGCUAUAGUGCUUGAUGAUCAGGGCAAGUACGACGAGGCUGAGGCCAUGCACCGACGGGCUCUACAGCUAAAGGAGAAGGUACUUGGAGAGGAACACCCUGACACACUACAAAGUAUAGACAACUUAGCAAUAGUACUUAUGGAUCAGGGCAAAUACGACGAGGCUGAGGUCAUGCACCGGCAGGCUCUACAGCUAAGGGAGAAGGUACUUGGAGAAGAAUACCCUGACACACUACAAAGUAUAAAUAACUUAGCAGUAGUGCUUAUGAAUCAGGGCAAAUACGACGAGGCUGAGGCCAUGCACCGACGGGCUCUACAGCUAAGGGAGAAGGUGCUUGGAGAGGAACACCCUGACACACUACCAAGUAUAGACAACUUAGCAGCAGUACUUAUGAAUCAGGGCAAAUACGACGAGGCUGAGGCCAUGCACCGACGGGCUCUACAGCUAAUGGAGAAGGUGCUUGGAGAAGAACACCCUGCCACUCUAAUGAGCAUGGAUAACUUAGCUAUAGUGCUUGAGGAGCAGGGCAAGUACGAUGAAGCACACACGCUCUACCAGAGGGCCAUCUCAGGGCGCCGGAAGGUGCUUGGCUCAGACCACCCUUAUACUAUAAAAUCUUUAAAAAGAUUGUCAAUUCUGCUUGAAAAAAUAAAAGGGGGGAGUGUUUCUUCGGGACCUACUAGUGGAGAUAUGGUCCCCUAGGGCCCUAUGUAGAGGGUCAGGAGGGUUAAGGAAGAGUCGAAGAGGGCCUAAGAUUGACAAGGGACUCAGAUUAGAGUCAAAGAUGAUUAUCUGCAGCUUUAAUUAAAACACUCAUUGAGAG